AUGCACAAAGUGUUUUAAACAAUGAUUUUUAAACAAUUAAAUGAUUAAUUCAUUUAGGAUUUUAUGGGUUUGUGAUGAAUCCUCUGGUGUGCUGCUUCAUUUCGGACUCAUCUCGAUUAAAUCAACAAUAUUAAUUAUAAUAUUAGAAAGUUAGAGGUUCUCCAUAAAAAGGUGAAUCGGAAACAAAUCGGCUCAUUUUUAGUGUGGAUCCCAAUCAAGGUUUGUACUGAACCCUCUCGUGUGCUGCUUUAUGUUGGACUCAUCUCAAUGAAAUCAACAAUAUUAAUCAUAAUAUUAGAAAGUAAGAGGUUAUCUCCGGUAAAAAGAUGAAUCGGAAACAAAUCAACUCAUUUUUCGUGUGGAUCCCGAUCAAGGGUUUGUGCAAAAUCCUCUCGUGUGCUGCUUUAUCUCAGACUCAUCUUGAUGAAAUCAACAAUAUUAAUCAUAAUAUUAUAAAGUAAGAGGUUAUCUCCGCUAAAAAGAUAAAUCGGCUCAUUUUUCGUGUGGAUCCCGAUCAAGGUUUGCUAAAUCGUCUUGUGUGCUGCUUAACCUCAUUAAUUGGCUCAAGUUUCGAGGUUACAUAAAGUUAUCUCAAGGACCCAAACGCAACUUCAGUAACUUCCGGUUUAAUCUCCGGAAUUUUCACGGGAUUCGUCACCGAACAACUACCAAGAACAAGCACGUUUCUUAUGGGACUUGUAAUAAUACUGUUCGAAGUCCUGGAAGUGUUUAGCAGAGAGUACAUUUUAAUAUCGAUGAUGGUUUUACCGAUUUUCGCAUUUUUCGACGUUUUGGGAACGUUUUUGAAAACGUCCACGCAGAGUAACAUCGAUUUCACCAAAUGUAACCCUACGUUUAGCGUGAGUUUCCUCGGUGGUUUUCUUAUUGGGAUGACCAUCGAGGAUACGUUCAAUAAAUUGGGGGUUUUUGAGUACUAAAAAAAUUAAUUGACAAUGAAAUUAGUCAAUUUUUUUUAUGUUUAUGACGUUGACAAGAAUGAGAAAGAGUGAAAAAUUUUUUGGACCACAAAAUUUAUUCUAAAUGAAUGAUGAUUCAAGACCAAAACAAACUCACGUUAUUCUACAAGGAAGUAUAACGGGAUUUCUUGGAGGUUAUGUCGUAAAAUCAAUUAGCGGAGCUUUAGCGAUUAUAGUGGGGUCAACAAUACUCAUAUACGAAUUGGCCUCACACGCGAAAAAUUCCAACGCCGAAGCCCAUAAUGAAUUAACCCAAAUAAUGGAUGAUUUCUGCGGGUUUUUAUCGCUUUUACCGGGGACUAAAUUGGUUUCUGGAGGAUUGAAAUACGCCCGGAGCAACACGAGCUAUUUCGCAUCGUUUAUCGGAGGAUUCCUUAUCGGAAAUAAAUUAAAAUGGCUUUAAUUCAACCCGACGCCGAUAUGCAAGUUUUAAUCAGGAAGGAAUUGAAUGAAGAUGUUAAUACGAGGGACGCUGACCUUCAAACGAUGAAGGAAUGGUUGGCGAAGCAACCUCAUCUUCCUGAUACUUGGGAUGAGCAAAGAAUUAUGACCUUUUUGAGAGGAUGCAAAUUUUCUUUGGAGAAAUGUAAAAGGAAAUUGGAUAUGUAUUUUACGAUGAGAACUGCUUGUCCGGAAUUAUUUACGAAUAGAGAUAUUAAAUUACCCGAAUUGAUGGAUCUUAUGAAAGUUGUAAAUAUUCCACCUUUACCCGGCUUAACUCCCGAUGGCAAACGAGUAAUCGUUUUGCGUGGGCUAGAAAGGAAUUACAGCGCUUUAAGUGUUGCGGAUGCCAUGAAAAUUGUUCUUAUGAUUGGGGAUGUUCGAUUGGAAGCUGAAGAAACUGGGGUUGCAGGGGAUGUUUAUAUUUUAGAUGCUUCAGUUGCAACCCCCACUCAUUUCGCGAAAUUUACCCCGGCUAUGGUCAAAAAGUUCCUUGUUAUUGUUCAGGAAGCAUACCCAGUUAAAUUAAAAGAAGUCCACGUCGUAAACGUAUCUCCUUUAGUAAACACAAUAAUCGAGUGGGUGAAACCCUUCUUAAAAGAAAAAAUUAGGAAUCGUAUUCAUGUUCAUUCCGACAUGGAAAGUUUGUAUAAAUUUGUCCCGAAAGACAUUCUUCCGGAAGAGUAUGGCGGAUCGGCUGGGAAAAUUCAACAAUUCCAUGACGACUGGAUUAAGAGAUUAGAUGAAAACACCGCCUGGUUCAAAGAGCAAGAAAACAUUAAAGCCGAUGAAUCAAAAAGACCGGGAAAACCAACCAAUUACGACGAUUUAUUCGGCGUUGAUGGAAGUUUUAGGCAGUUAUCGAUCGAUUAGAUCAAUCUUAAUAAAAAAUCCUUUUAUAUCAUAUUUCGCUUUUCUUAAUGGUUGUUAGUAAAAUUUCUUUUUGCUCAAAUUUUA